AUGCAAUAACACAAUCCAAUAUAAAUACACGUUGAAGACACCAAUGCAGAAGCAACUAUGGCAAAAAUUUCUGCAAUUAAGCACAAAUACUUCCAAGACGAAUUUUCUGAGGAAUUCGUAAAGGGCACAUCUAAAAAAGAUGUUCUAAUACACAGAGGCUACUGGUGCAGAUUUAAUAUUUUUCAUAGAAUAGUUUCUACUUAUAUAAGCAAAUAAUAAAAAUGCAAUGUAAUAUCACUUGGAUCUGGUUAUGAUACUCUCCCCUACAUUAUGUGGCAAACAUAUCAGAAUAAAGAAUUUACAUUUGUUGAAGUGGAUUUACCAGUUGUAGUUGAUAGAAAAAUAAAAAAGCUUAAAGAAUCUAAUAAAUUGAAAACAUUAUUGGGAGAAUAUAUUAUAUCAUAAAAUAAAUUAUCAGCCAAAUCAGAAAAUAAGAAUUAUUUAUUAUUUGGAGAAGAUUUAUGUAACACAGAGCAAUUACAUUAAUCAUUAUAAUCUCUCGAUUUUACCAUUCCAACCUUGGUGUAUGCAGAAUGUGUAUUAACAUACAUUAAAAGUGAAGCCACGACUAGAUUAUUGGAUGGACUAACGAAAUGGUUUCCACAUCUGACAUUUUUGAAUUAUGAAAUGUUUAAUCCAAGUGACCAAUUUGGUAAAAUGAUGGUGCGAAAUUUUGAAUACAGAGGAUGUCCAUUGGUUGGGAUUGAUGCAUUCCCCUCUUUACAAGCGCAUAAGGACAGAUUAAAUUAAUGGUUUAAUUAUGUUGAAAUUUAUGAUAUGAAAACAUUGUAUCAAAUUGCCACUGAUCCUGAAGAAAGAAAAAGAAUUGAAAAAUUAGAGUUAAUGGAUGAAUGGGAAGAAUGGAAUAUUAUGUAAAGUCAUUAUUUAGUGUCCCUUGCAAAUAAAGAUCAAACUGAAUUAAUUGUAAACUUAAAAGUUUGAUUCAUAAAUGAUUUAUAUAAAUAAAUUAACGAGAAUAUGAGGA